AUGGCAAGAAAGUCUGGAUCGAAAAAUCAGGGAAACAAGCAUGGAAAUGGUAAGUCGAAGCCUCGAGGUCCAUCAUCUGACUCUCAAGCUCUGAAAACUCGCUCAUUGGAGGAAGUUCUUGGGGUGGAAGAGAUUGAUUUUGGCAUUGAGAAUGAAGUGCUGACGCCUAAAUCGAGUUUACAGCAGCUCCAAAUUUGCUCUGAAUUGCGACAUACUUUCAAUGAUUACUUGCAGGCAAUACACAAUUCCAAUGGUAUUGCGAGUCGAACUCAAUCCAGAAGCAAUUUGGACGUAGGUACAAUCCCUAAUUUGCUUGAUGAAACUGUGGAUGAUUGUAACUCUGAUGAUGAUUCAAUUAACACUGUGAUUGAUAAUGAUGUUGUGAAUAAUGUUGAUUCUAUUGUUGUGAAUGAUGUUGCUUCCAUUGAUGCGAAUGAGUCCAUUGUUUCUCCUAGUAGCCCUGUAGAAAUUGAUUUGGAGGAUAUUCAGGAAGAGGUUGAUUUUUGGAUGUCAGCUGUAGUUUGCUAUGUUGUGGGUGCUAAUCCUCUCAUUAAUGUUAUGGAGGGAUUCAUUAGGUGUAUCUGGAAACAUUUAAAUGUUGACAAAGUUGGUAUGGUGAAGAGGGGUAUUUUCCUUGUUCGAUUCUUAACCAUGGACUCUAGGGAUAAAGUCUUAGCUGGUCACUAUUUCUUUGAUAGCAAACCACUCAUAAUGAAACCAUGGAAUUCUGAUAUGGACAUGGACAAAGAGGAUGUGAAAUCUGUGCCUAUUUGGGUACAGUUGAAGCUUGGUUUCAAAUAUUGGGGGGAAAAAGCCUUAUUCAAAAUCAUAAGCCAAAUAGGGAAGCCUAUUAAGAGGGAUCAAGCUACAAUCAAUAGGGAUAAGUUGCAAUUUUCCCGAGUAAUGGUGGAUAUUACAUUAUCUAAGGAGCUCCCUGAAUGGAUUUCAUUUAGGGAUGAGAAUGGUUUGAUGGUGAGGGUAGGAUUGUACUAUGAAUGGAAACCUACAAUGUGUUCUAAAUGCAAGAUGAUAGGACACUUACAGGAAGAUUGUAGACAGGGCAAACCUAAGAGAGUAUGGGUGCAUAAGGAUAAGCAGGUGCAACUAGUUACUACAAUGAAUAUUGUUUCAAGUCCACUGAUGGAUCCAGAGGGGUUCCAAAGAUCACUAAGGCCUAUUAGAGUUAGAACAUCUCCAAGGGAGCCAGUUACAACAUCCAAUGUCUUUCAGAUUCUGGAUACUAGAUUGAAUGGAGAUGCAGGGGUGAGUGGUGAAGAUAACAUUGGUGUUGAACAUAUGGAUAAAUAUGAGGUGGGGUUGGUGGGACUUCUGGAGCAUAAGGUGAAGGUGUCUAAUUUGGGUAAGCUUUAUCAGAAAGUGUUUGCAAAAUGGUGUUUCACUAGUAAUGCUAGCUAUCACCCUGGUGGUAGAAUAAUUGUUGCUUGGAAGGCUGGAAGUUUUAAUGUCAAUAUUGUUGCUGCAUCUAGUCAAUUUUUACACUGUCAUGUUACUCCUGUUAGUGGUAUGCUUAGCUUCUUCUGCACUUUCAUUUAUGCACAUAAUGAAGCUGGGUUGAGGCAAGAAUUAUGGAGAGACUUAAGCUUGAUUAAUACUGCUGCCCCUUGGAUUUUAUGUGGUGAUUUCAACUGUGUUAUGGCUCCUGAGGAAAGAAUAGGUGCUCCUGUCAGACAAUGUGAUAUUGUGGAUAUUUGUGGGUGUAUGCAUAAUUGUGGUAUGGAGGAUUUGAAUAGUGUAGGUAAUCUGUUUACUUGGAAUAAUAAACAACAAGGUAACAAGAGAGUAUUUUCAAAGAUUGAUAGAAUUUUAGCAAAUCAAGCAUGGCAGGAUGCUUAUCCUGAUGCAGAAGUUUGUUUCCUACCUGAAGGGCAGUUUGAUCAUUCUCCAGGGUUGCUUACUGUUUAUCCUAGGGUAAAUGGGGGAAGGAAGCCUUUCAAAUACUUUACCAUGUGGAGAGCUUCUCCGGUGUUUUCUGAUACUGUUAAGACAGCUUGGAACACUCAGGGUUUUAAUAAUGUUCAUGCUGCUGAUUUGAAAGCACAUCAUGAGCUAAUUGAAGCUCAGGAAGCUAUGCAUAAGAAUCCCACAAAUCAGGAUUUAGCUGAUACUGAGUUGAGAGCUAUUCAUGAAUAUAAAGUUAAACAUAAGAUAUAUUUAGAGUUUUUGAGCCAAAAAGAAAAAAUAGCUUGGUUGAGAGAUGGUGAUGAAAAUUCUGCCUUGUUUCAUCAGAGUAUCAGAAGCAGAAUUUUGAAAAAUCAAAUUUACAGUAUCCAUGAUAUGGGUGGUGUGUGGAAGGACAAUCCUACUAAGGCUCACCACAAAGCAAUUCUGAAUUCCAAUUACACUGCAGAAGAAGUUAGGGAUGCUCUUUUCUCUAUUCCAGGAGCCAAGGCACCUGGUCCAGAUGGUUUUGGUUCUCAUUUCUUCAAAGACUCAUGGCAUAUUGUUGGUGAUGAAGUUGUUGCUGCUGUGCUUGAUAUGCUACAACAUGGUAAAAUUUUAAAAGAGCUGAAUCAUACAGUCAUUACUUUGAUCCCAAAAACCAAAUGCCCUAAAGAUGUGAGUGAAUUUAGACCUAUUUCUUGCUGUAAUACUCUGUAUAAGUGUAUUACUAAGGUUCUGUGUGGAAGGCUCAGACAGGUGUUGCCUGAUCUCAUUCUUGAAAACCAAGGGGGGUUUGUUCAUGGUAGGUUCAUUGUGCAUAAUAUAAUGGUUGUUCAGGAUUUGGUGAGACAGUAUGGAAGGAAAGGUGUGAAGCCUAGUUGUCUCAUGAAAAUUGAUUUACAAAAAGCAUAUGACACUGUUGAUUGGAAGUUUCUUUAG